AUGUUAUCAAAACAAUUUUAUCUUCUCGGUGAAGAUGUCUCGACAGCCCGCGAUAUCGAGCUUCCAGAGUCCACCGAUCUUGAUGAGCUCCAACAUCACAUUGCCGCCCAUUAUAGCAUAGUAGAUCCCAAGGGGGUCGGCUUCUUGUAUGACCAGCACAGAUUAACAGCCGUCGCCGACAUUGUCGCCAAAGAUGGUCCCGUCGCAGUCACCAUCGACGGCAAGGCCGUCCGCGAUGUUCCCUCGCCGGCCGGCAUCCCCUACUUCGGAAAUUACCUUGAAAUCUACCCCGACCAUCUCGGCAACCACCAGCGGCUCUUCGAAAAGCUCGGCCCCCUCUUCUCGACCAGCAACAUGGGCAGCCGCGUGUACCAGACCAACGAUCCGCGGCUCGCCACCAUCUUCUUCGCCGAGAGCGACUUCUUCACCAAGCGCAUCAUCCCCGGCCACCCGCUGCACCCCAUCAAGUCUGCCGAGGCUGGCGUCUUCCUCGGCGAUACCGACACCGAGGAAUGGCGGCUCGCCCACAAGUUCCUGCCCCCGGCGCUUGGCCCCAAGGCCGUCCGCCACUACGCGCCCACUAUGCAGCGCAGCGUCGAGGACGCCUUCAAGGUCUUUGACGAGCUGGACGAGCAGGGCGAGGCCUGGAACGUGUACCAGUACAUGCUGAAGCUCGGCUCGCAGGCCGUCGGCAAGCUGGUGCUCGGCAUGGACUUUGGCCACUUUACGGGCGUGGACGCGCCGCUGCACGAGAUGGUCCUGCAGAUCGCGCACAACCUCGAGCUCAACAAGCGCGUGUCGACCAUGGGCGCCUGGUACGCGAGUAUGCCGUUUGGCGACCCUAGGCGGCUGCGCCAGACAAAGGCGCGCAUUGAGGAGAUGCUGCUCGAGUCCAUCGCGCAGGCGUCCAAGGGCGAGGAGGACCUCGACCUGCAGGACGCGGCGUUGGAAGCUGAAAACGUUGUCGAUUACUUCCUCCGUGCCAAGGACAGCAAGGGAAAGAAGCUCCCGCCCGCCCAGUUCGCGCCCGCCCUCGUCGUCGCUACCGGCGCCGGCUUCACCACCACCUCAUCCCUACUAUCCUGGCUCAUCUACAGCCUCGUGCAGUACGCCGGCACGCAGGGGCGGCUCCUCCAAGAGCUCGUCGACCACGACUGGGACGACGACACCCAAGUCACCGCCGACCUCACCGCCAAGCUCACCUACCUCGACAAGUUCAUCAAGGAGACGCAGCGCCGGCACAACCCGUCCUACCAGCCGGCCCGCACCGCCAAGAAGGACAUGAUCCUGCCCGGCGGCUACCGCCUGCCCAAGGACGCUGUAGUCGUCCCCGCGCUGCACCACAUCCACAACAACGACAAGGUCUGGGAGAGCCCGGGCCGCUUCGACACCGACCGCUGGGACGCCGACGCGGUCAAGGCCCGGCCGCAGGGGAGCUACACGCCGUUCGCGCAGGGGCCGCGCAUGUGCGUCGGCUUCAACUUUGCGCUGCAGGAGAUCAAGGUCUUCCUGCCCAAGCUCGUCUGGCGCUACAAGUUCACGCUCGCGCAGGACGGGCCGAUCGAGUACGACCCGUACUUUCAGCUGAUCCGCCCGAACAACCUGUAUGUGCGCGCGGAGAGGAGGGUCAAGUGGCCGCCAAAGUCGGAGUAG